CACAAAAAUUAGACAUUUCUGGAAACUUUUUACAGAGCAAUUGGAUUAGAAGCAACUAGAAUGUAUUCGAUAUGUCGUUUGGCCAAGGCUCGCGAUGUCUCUAGAUUGGUCGUCCAUUUAACUGCCGAAACCCCCAGAAAUUACUAGAAAUUUCACCUUAAUUCUUAUAAAUAUACUCACUAAACCCCUCAGACUCGAUCACUACAGAAAUAUCGAUUCUUCAUUUCAAGUAAUCAAAUAACUCAACAUUUCUCUGUUUCAGCGUCCUUUCCAAGUAAAGAUUAGUAAAGAUGUCGCUCAUUCCUAGCUUCUUUGGUGGCCGACGAAGCAACGUUUUCGACCCUUUCUCUCUCGACGUUUGGGAUCCAUUCAAGGAUUUCCCCUUAUCUAACUCAUCUUUUCCAAAACUAUCUCAGGAAAACUCCGCUUUUGUCAAUGCCCGAGUGGACUGGAAGGAGACUCCGGAGGCCCACGUGUUCAGGGCCGAUGUUCCGGGGCUGAAGAAGGAAGAGGUGAAGGUGGAGGUCGAAGAUGAUCGAGUCCUCCACAUCAGCGGAGAGAGGAGCGUUGAGAAGGAAGAUAAGAACGACACGUGGCACCGGGUCGAGCGAAGCAGCGGGAAGUUCAUGAGGAGGUUCAGGCUUCCGGAGAAUGCGAAAAUGGAUCAGAUCAAAGCUGCCAUGGAAAAUGGGGUACUCACUGUUACAGUCCCUAAAGAAGAGAUCAAGAAGCCUGAUGUCAAAUCCAUUGAAAUAUCUGGUUGAUCUUUAGAGCGUUUGUUGGUGCGACUGUGAUUUUGGUAUCGUUAUGGGUCCUUUGUUAUUGUAAUUGCUCUGUUUUAGAUUACUGUUUGUCAUUUCUGUAGAUAUACCAGGUGUGAUCUGAACUUUUGAUCCAACGUGAAAAAGAAAUAAAAUUAGGUGUGGUCAGUUGAGCUUUUGCUCAUCUUUAUUCUGUACUUUUUUUUUUAAUCAAUGAGAUAUAAUUGGAAAUAA